CUCUCAUGUUAAAAGGAUCAAAUAGAUAAGAAAAUAUGAUAAGACACUGAGUUUUAGACGGCACAUUCUAUACAAUGGGACCAUUAUACGUAUUCAUAGUUUCUCUUUUAUCGUCUCUAGUAUCAGGAGCAGAUGGCAGCUGUCCAAAUGGAUGGAUUCGGCAUGGUACAACUUGUUACCAUUUUAGUCACGAUACAGAACCGAUGCUACUGGCAGGUAUAGCUUGUCAACAAAUGGAUGGUGCUUUGGUGGAGAUAGAGUCGAAGGAUGAAAACGUUUACCUGGCUGCACAUGGCAAAGAUUUAAACACUUAUUACUUCAUCGGCCUAACUGACUUACAAGAAGAAACAGUUUGGGUUUGGAAUGGGAGCAAACGUCCGUUGACAACAACAGGUUACAUUACCUGGAGACCUGGUGAACCAAAUAGCGUUGGCAGUGAUGAAAACUGCGUCGUCAUGGACACACAUAAUAGUGGACAGUGGGUUGAUGUUGCAUGCCAUACAUCUUUCCAUUAUAUCUGUGAAAAGAAAGACACGGAAUCCGAGAUUAUUGGAUAAAGCUUGCGUUGACUGGACCAUGGGAAUACAUCUUGUACACUGGCAACAUAAAUAUGACUUCUUGAUAAAGAAAUGAAAAUUUACAAUAUCGUUAAAUAUUUUUAGCAUUCAAUGUAUUUUCAUGGCAAUGGUCAAUAAAUUGUAAAAUAUGAAAA